AUGGCCACUGGAGUAGCUGCCAUGAUGCUUCAAAGUGUCAUUGAAGUAAGUAUAUCAAUGCAUGAUAUGGAGAUUGAGCAUAGGCCAUACCAUCGCAAUUGCAGUUGUGCACUGCUCAAGUUGAAGCGUAUUUGCUCCAAUGCUUGCCCUCCUCAACAAAGUGAUAUUUCAUUCCCCAAGAAAAAGCCUCCGUCUUCUAAGUGGCUCAUCACUAGGGAACAAAGAAGACCCGAAUGCGCCAUGUCAUUUAGAGGACAAAGUUUAGAGAGCUUGACACAGCAGAGCAAGAAGAAAAAGGGCAGGAAACUGCGAUUUAGCUGUUUCUCUCACUCCUCCUCCCCGCACCCCUUCUCUUUCUUCUUACAGGCCAGGCAUGGGGUUAAAGGUUCAACUCCUACACAGACAAAGGCAAAGGAGGAUUUGGGGGAUGGUGGGGAGGAAACAGACUCCACAGACCACACCAAGUUGGUAAGCCGUAAUAUGAACCAAACAGAUUAUAAUUUAGGAACAGGAAAGAAUAUCACUAUCCAUGUUGAUAUUGAAAGCUCUUCUCUUGAGGGGCCAUGGCCAUGGCAGCCUAUGUUGCACGGAUACGGAUAUGGGUACGCCAAUACGGUACGAUUCGUCGAUACGGCAAAACUCCCCACCUCGAUCUCCUCCACCUCUUCUUUCUGA